AUCAAUUUCCUAUUUUUAUUUUUAAAUAGUUUAUAUUAUAUAUAUACAGAAAAACAACAAAUAUGAAUUACAAAGAAUGUUGUCGUACAUGUUUGGGGACUAGUAAAGAAAAGCGUCAUAUACACACCUCUGUUUCUGUAGCAGGAGACAACGUGCUGCUUUCGGAUAUCUUAAAAACAUUCUAUAAUUACAAGAUUUCACCUGAAGAUGAUUUCUACCCAGAAUAUAUAUGCAUAAGCUGUGUCCAUCAACUAACUAUAACAUAUUCAUUUAAUAUACUAAUACACAGAAAUGCUAAAACAUUAGCUGAUAACACAAACUUAAUUGAUUCCAGCGACCAGUAUGACUAUUCUUUUGAAUCUGACGACAACAGACAAAACUACAAAAUCAAGAGAUAUGAGAAAAGGAAAUCAUUGAAUAGAAUCAAAAUAAUAAACUCGGAAACUGAUGUGCAACCUUUGUUCUGCGUUGAGUGCAAAUCAGAAUUCCAUUCUGUGAAAUCACUCAGUGAACACUGUACAACCAGUCAUCCUGUCAAGUCUUCUGUUGGUAGGGACUGUGAGUACUGCAAUGAGAAGUUUAAUGAUUUUCGUUCACUUGUAUUACACAGAAAACUACACUUGAGGCCGUAUCUAUGUGAGAACUGUUGGGAUGGCUUCUACACCAUAGACCAACUAAAUUCUCAUUGUUGUCAGCCCAACAUUGAUGGGAAAGACAAAAGUAGGUCAGAGAAACUGCUACGUCAAUGUGAUCAAUGUGGUAAAUCAUAUCCAGCUGGCUAUAUCAGAAUUCAUAUGUUAACACACAGCAAUGAUCGUCCUUACAGCUGUAAAUUCUGCCCAAAGAAGUUCAAAGUACCUGGAGGACUCCAUUCCCACAUACUAUGGAAUCACAAGAGAACAAGAGACCAUAAGUGUGAGGUAUGCAAUGCGACAUUCAUAUCGUCUAGUUCAAGAAGCUCUCAUAUAAGGAAGAAUCAUUUGAAAGAGAAGAAAUACAGUUGUGAUAGUUGUGGUAAACGAUUCUUCUCCAAAUCGGAGUUGCAACGACACUCACUGACACAUACUGGAGUGAAGAACUUCCACUGUCACAUGUGUGACAAGUCAUAUCAGACGCGGUACGGACUGAAUGUACAUUUGAAGUCCCAUUCGCAAAUAUCAAUGAAUGUUCUAAACCUAUAGUUAUAAUAUUUACAACUACUAUUUUAUUGAUCUCAUUAUAAUUUAUUUGAAAAUUUAAAUAUAUUAGAAUUAUUAAUUUAAUGACAGUAUUUUUGACUAUCACAUUGUAGUUUUUUAUAUAAUAAUAAUAUAUGCAACUGUAAUGGAAAACUGCCAAUAUGAUGAUAUGUGGUAACCAUCGCCUAUAUAUGUAAAUG